UAUCUGAACAAAUUGUGUAACAUCAUCUCCUACUUCUAGAGUUCUCUUUUGUCUUAGAAAAAAUGGAAACAAGCUCAAAGAUCUCUAUUCACACUAGGUGCAACAGUUUGCCCUCUGCACCUCACCCACUUAUAUCACAAUUCCAAGAGCAUUUGCAGAGGUUGAAGGAUUCUGAAGCCUCCACUACCUCUUUGUCAUCAUCUUCUGUAAGCCGAAAACUGAUCGGCUUGCAGGAUUUGCAUGAUUAUGCUGAUAAGUUGCUUCAAUUGCCAACCACACAAAAGGCUUUGGUGCAAGAAUGCAGUGUCAACUUGUUAGAAGGGUCAGUGAGGCUUCUUGAUAUUUGCAACAUGGCCCAAGAUUUCCUCAUGCAAACAAAAGAAAACUUGCAUGAGAUCCAAUCAGUUAUCAGAAGGAAAGGCACUGAUACCGGAUUUGCAGUCAAGGGUGGAAAAUACUUGGCAUCUAGGAAGAACAUGAAGAAGGCUAUUCAUAAGGCCUUAACCAAUUUGAAAGCAAUGAAAACUGAGACAUUUGUUUCUUUCUCUAACAUGGACAAUGAAACUUUUUCAAUGCUUAGCAUCCUGAAAGAAGCAGAAACAGUCACUUUGAAUUUGCUAGAAUCUUUGUUGCGGUUUAUCUCUGCCUCAAAGAGACAUAGCAGAUGGUCUAUUGUAUCCAAGUUUAUGCAGCCUACAAGAGUGACUUGUGAUUCUGAAGAAUGUGACACAAAUGAAUUUGUAAAGGUGGAUGCAGCUUUGCAUCAGAAGCCUUUAUCUACUGAGAACUUUCUCAGCAACACAGAGAAUAUGGAGAUCUGCAUUAAGGAUCUGGAAGUACAAGUUGAAUGCCUCUCAAGGAAACUCAUUAGAACAAGAGUUUCCCUUCUUAACAUCUUCAGCCACUAGAUAGAGAGAAAAAGAAAAAUGUAGAUAAAUAGAUAUCCAAAAUUCAAAUUAUGUCCCACAAUUGUACAUCAAUAUGAAUCAA